GCGGCGCGGCCGGGCGUGGAGUCGGCGAAGUUUGGCGGAACAUGGCGGCCGAGCCCGGGGCGCGCCGGGGCGCGCGGGGGUGGCCGGAGCCCGGGGAGCUGUAGCGUCGCCGCAGUCGCCGCCGCGGCGGGGCGAGGUGGCCGCCAUGGCCCGCUGGAUCCCGACCAAGAGGCAGAAGUACGGGGUUGCGAUCUACAACUACCAUGCUUCCCAAGACGUGGAGCUGUCCCUGCAGAUCGGCGACACGGUCCACAUCCUGGAGAUGUACGAGGGUUGGUACAGAGGAUAUACUCUCCAGAAUAAAGCUAAAAAGGGCAUUUUCCCUGAAACGUACAUCCAUUUGAAGGAGGCCACUGUGGAAGACCGGGGGCAGCACGAGACGGUGAUUCCCGGGGAGCUGCCCCUGGUGCAGGAGCUCACGGGCACGCUGCGAGAAUGGGCCGUCAUCUGGCGCAAGCUCUAUGUGAACAACAAGGUGACGCUCUUCCGCCAGCUGCAGCAGAUGACCUACAGCCUGAUCGAGUGGCGCUCCCAGAUCCUCUCCGGGACGCUGCCCAAGGACGAGCUGGCCGAGCUGAAGAAGAAAGUCACAGCCAAAAUCGAUCAUGGCAACAGAAUGCUUGGGCUGGAUCUGGUGGUGAGAGACGACAAUGGGAAUAUCUUGGACCCGGAUGAAACCAGCACCAUCGCUCUCUUCAAAGCGCACGAAGUGGCCUCCAGACGGAUCGAGGAGAAGAUUCAAGAAGAAAAGUCGAUCCUGCAGAACCUGGACUUGCGAGGCCAGGCCAGCUUCAGUACGGUCCACACCUACGGCCUCUACGUGAACUUCAAGAACUUCGUGUGCAACAUUGGGGAGGACGCCGAGCUGCUCAUGGCCCUCUACGACCCAGACCGGUCCACCUUCAUCAGUGAGAACUACCUGAUCCGCUGGGGCAGUAACGGGAUGCCCAAGGAGAUUGAGAAGCUCAAUAACCUCCAGGCGGUGUUCACCGACCUCAGCAGCACCGACGUCAUCCGGCCGCGCGUCAGCCUCGUGUGCCAGGUGGUCCGCGUGGGCCGCAUGGAGCUGAAGGAGGGCAGGAAGCACACCUGCGGCCUGCGGAGGCCCUUCGGAGUGGCAGUGAUGGACGUGACCGACAUCGUGCGCGGGAAGGUGGACGACGAGGAGAAGCAGCACUUCAUCCCCUUCCAGCAAAUCGCCAUGGAAACGUACAUCCGGCAGAGGCAGCUCAUCAUGUCGCCCCUGAUGCCGUCCAGCGUCAUCGGAGAGAACGAGCCCCUCACGUCCAUCCUGAACAAAGUCAUAGCGGCCAAGGAAGUGAAUCAUAAAGGACAAGGUCUUUGGGUGUCCUUGAAGCUGUUGCCCGGUGACCUCGCUCAGGUGCAGAAGAACUUUUCCCACCUGGUGGAUAGAUCGACAGCGAUCGCCCGGAAGAUGGGCUUUCCAGAAAUCAUACUGCCAGGAGAUGUCCGGAACGAUAUCUAUAUCACUCUGAUCCAUGGGGAGUUCGACAAAGGCAAGAAAAAGACGCCCAAGAACGUGGAGGUGACCAUGUCUGUGUUUGACGAGGAGGGCACCCUUCUGGAGAAAGCAAUCUACCCCGGCGCGGGGUACGAGGGCAUCUCCGAGUACAAAUCGGUGGUGUACUACCAGGUCAAGCAGCCCUGCUGGUACGAGACGGUCAAGGUAUACAUCCCCAUCGAUGACGUCACGCGGUGCCACGUCCGCUUCACCUUCCGACACAGGUCAUCGCAGGAGUCCAGGGAUAAGUCCGAGCGAGCCUUUGGCGUGUCCUUCGUGAAGCUGAUGAACCCGGACGGCACCACGGUGCAGGACGGGAGGCACGACCUGGUGGUGUACAGGGGGGACAACAAGAAAAUGGACGAUGCCAAAUUCUACCUGACCCUGCCGGGGACCAAGGCGGAGAUGGAAGAGAAGGAGCUGCAGGCGUCCAGCAAGGACAGCACGAAGGACAGCUUCCAGAUCGCCACGCUCAUCUGCUCCACAAAGCUCACGCAGAACGUGGACCUGCUAGGCCUGUUAAAUUGGCGUUCCAACGCCCAGAACAUCAAGCACAACCUCAAGAAGCUCAUGGAGGUGGAUGGAGGAGAGAUCGUGAAGUUUUUGCAAGAUACGCUGGAUGCUCUCUUCAACAUCAUGAUGGAAAUGUCAGACAACGACACGUACGACUUCCUUGUGUUUGACGCUCUGGUGUUUAUUAUCUCACUGAUCGGAGACAUCAAGUUCCAGCAUUUUAAUCCCGUCCUGGAAACCUACAUUUACAAGCACUUCAGUGCCACCUUGGCAUACGUGAAACUCUCCAAGGUACUGAACUUCUACGUGGCCAACGCGGACGACUCCAGCAAGACGGAGCUGCUCUUCGCCGCGCUGAAAGCCUUGAAGUACUUGUUCAGGUUCAUCAUCCAGUCGCGCGUGCUGUACCUGAGAUUCUACGGCCAGAGCGAAGAUGGAGACGAGUUUAAUAACUCAAUCCGCCAGUUAUUCCUUGCUUUCAAUACGCUGAUGGACAGGCCUCUGGAGGAAGCCGUCAAGAUCAAGGGAGCAGCUCUGAAGUACCUUCCUAGCAUAAUUAACGACGUCAAGCUGGUGUUCGAUCCUGUGGAGCUCAGCGUGCUCUUCUGCAAGUUCAUUCAAAGCAUUCCUGACAACCAGUUGGUCCGGCAGAAGCUCAACUGCAUGUCCAAGGUGGUGGAGAGCAGCCUGUUCCAGCAGUCGGAGUGCCGCGAAGUGCUGCUGCCGCUGCUGACGGACCAGCUCAGCGGUCAGCUGGAUGACCACUCUCCCAAGCCGGACCAUGAGGCCAGCUGCCAGCUCCUCAGUAGCAUCCUGGAGGUGCUGGACAGGAAGGACGUGGGCCCCACGGCGGUGCACGUGCAGCUGAUCAUGGAGCGGCUGCUACGGAGGAUCAACCGGACGGUGAUCGGGAUGAACCGGCAGUCCCCCCACAUCGGCAGCUUCGUGGCCUGCAUGAUCACCAUCCUGCAGCAGAUGGAGGACAGCCACUACAGCCACUACAUCCGGACCUUCAAGACCCCGCACGACAUCAUCGAUUUCCUCAUGGAGACCUUCAUCAUGUUUAAGGACCUGAUCGGCAAGAAUGUCUACGCCAAGGACUGGAUGGUCAUGAACAUGACGCAGAGCAGGGUGUUUCUCCGGGCGAUCAAUCAGUUUGCUGAAGUCCUCACGAGACGCUUCAUGGACCAGGCGAGCUUUGAACUUCAGCUCUGGAACAAUUACUUCCAUUUGGCCGUAGCUUUUCUUACCCAUGAGUCCUUGCAGCUUGAGACCUUCUCACAAGCCAAACGCAACAAAAUUGUAAAAAAAUAUGGGGACAUGAGAAAGGAGAUCGGCUUUAGGAUUCGGGACAUGUGGUACAACCUGGGUCCCCACAAAAUCAAAUUCAUCCCAUCUAUGGUGGGCCCCAUUCUGGAGGUCACUCUGACCCCCGAAGUGGAACUCCGCAAAGCCACCAUCCCCAUUUUCUUUGAUAUGAUGCAGUGUGAGUUCAAUUUCAGUGGAAGUGGCAAUUUCCAUAUGUUCGAGAACGAACUGAUCACAAAGCUGGACCAGGAGGUAGAAGGGGGCCGCGGAGACGAACAGUACAAGGUUCUUCUGGAAAAGCUGCUCCUGGAGCACUGCCGAAAGCACAAGUACCUGUCCAGUUCUGGCGAGGUCUUCGCCCUCCUGGUCAGCAGCCUCUUGGAGAAUCUGUUGGACUACAGAACCACCCUCAUUCACGAUGAGAGCAAGGAGCACCGCAUGAGCUGCACCGUCAACGUGCUGAAUUUCUACAAAGAGAAGAAGCGAGAGGACAUAUACAUACGAUACCUGUACAAGCUCCGAGACUUGCACCGAGACUGUGAGAACUACACGGAGGCCGCCUGCACACUGCUCUUACACGCUGAGCUUCUGCAGUGGUCUGACAAGCCCUGCGUGCCUCAUUUGCUCCAGAGGGACACUUACUAUGUUUGCACUCAGCAGGAGCUGAAAGAGAAACUCUACCAAGAAAUCAUAUCGUACUUUGACAAAGGCAAGAUGUGGGAGAAAGCCAUCAAGCUGAGCAAGGAACUGGCGGAGACCUACGAGAGCAAGGUGUUCGACUACGAGGGGCUGGGCAGCCUGCUGAAAAAACGAGCUUCGUUUUAUGAGAACAUCAUCAAGGCCAUGCGGCCUCAGCCGGAGUACUUCGCCGUGGGCUACUACGGGCUGGGCUUCCCGGCCUUCCUGCGGAAUAAAAUCUUCAUCUACCGGGGGAAGGAGUAUGAGAGGCGAGAAGACUUCAGCCUGAGGCUGCUCACCCAGUUCCCCAAUGCUGAGAAGAUGACCAGCACCACCCCCCCGGGAGAAGACAUCAAGUCCUCCCCGAAGCAGUAUAUGCAGUGUUUCACUGUGAAGCCAGUCAUGAGCCUGCCGCCCAGCCUCAAGGACAAACCCGUUCCAGAGCAGAUCUUAAACUACUACCGCGCCAACGAAGUGCAGCAGUUCAGCUACUCGCGGCCCUUCCGCAAGGGGGAGAAGGACCCAGACAAUGAGUUCGCGACCAUGUGGAUUGAGCGGACCACGUACACGACGGCCUACAGCUUUCCUGGGAUUCUCAAGUGGUUCGAAGUCAAGCAGAUCUCCACGGAGGAAAUCAGCCCCUUGGAGAAUGCCAUAGAGACCAUGGAGCUGACCAACGAGCGGAUCAGCAACUGCGUGCAGCAGCACGCGUGGGACCGGUCGCUCUCGGUGCACCCACUCUCCAUGCUGCUCAGCGGCAUCGUGGACCCCGCUGUCAUGGGGGGCUUCUCCAACUACGAGAAGGCCUUUUUCACAGAAAAGUACUUGCAGGAGCAUCCCGAAGACCAGGAGAAGGUGGAGCUGCUCAAGAGACUUAUAGCGUUACAGAUGCCCCUGCUCACGGAAGGGCUGCGCAUCCACGGCCAGAAGCUGACGGAGCAGCUCAAGCCGCUGCACGACCGCUUGUCCUCCUGCUUCCGGGAGCUCAAGGAGAAAGUGGAGAAGCUCUACGGGGUCAUCACGCUGCCAUCCAACCUGCGGGAGAGGAAGCAGAGCCGCUCGGGCUCCCUCCUGCUGCCCUACAUCAUGUCCUCCACGCUGCGGAGGCUGUCUGUCACCUCCGUGGCCUCCACCUCCUCCACCUCCUCGGAAAACGCUCCUUCCAGGCCGGGAUCCGAUGGGUCAGUCCUGGAGCCCCUCUUUGAGCGCAGGGCCUCCUCGGGUGCCAGAGUCGAAGAGGUCACCCUCAGAGAGGACAGUGAGAACCGGGUCAGCAGGUUCAAGAGAAAAGACUGGAAUCUGAGCAAGUCUCAGGUCAUCGCAGAGAAACCGCCGGAGCCGGACCUGAUGAGUCCAGCCAGAAAAGUCCAGAGGCCCAAGAGUCUCCAGCUGGUGGACAGUCGGCUGACGCCAUUUCCCGGCUGCUCUCCUCCUCCCUCCACGCCCCUGAGCCCGCCUCCGCUCACACCCAAAGCCACCAGGACCCUCAGCUCUCCAUCUUUGCAGACAGAAAGGCUGGUGACUUCUACCCCCCCUCCGCCUCCCCCCAAAAGCAAGCCCUAUGAGAACAGCCAGAGGAACUCUGCCGAGAUCGCGCCCCCGCUGCCCGUGCGCAAAGAAUCCCGAGGCCCGCCCCCGCCCCCCCCCAAAGCUCGGAAAUCCGGCCCGGGACCUUCGGAGCCCGGCGGCGCGCAGUGAGGACUCGCCGCCUCUGCACCUCCCGGGGCCUGGGGCUCCGGAGAGGGGCCGCUCCGGGCCGGGACACCGCCCGCCGGGUCACCGCCGCCCCCGCGCGGUCCAAAGCUCUGACGGAGACCCGGGGCCAGGCCGCGCCGCCUCCAACACCCCUGGCCACACGGAGUUCUGCUGCACCGCGGCGCCCGCCACUGC